ACUUAUUCUAGUGAAACAUAUUAGGCCUAUAAGCAAGAAGGUUCCACACUUCCACUUGUCUUUUGCUCAUAUUAUUUUUAGAUUUCCUCAAAAGAGGGAAAUUCGAAUAAUGUAAAUGGAGAAGGUUCUAUUUAUAUGGUGGUUUUAAGGUUAAAGUUAAUAUCACUGAAUGUGGAAUGUUGAGUUAAAUUUAUGGUUACUUAGGCCUACUCUAUUACUGACCACACCAGGUUAGGAUUAACUUAAGAAACCAAGGCAAUUCUGUUAACCUAAAUUACUACUCCAUGAUAAAUUAUCAAAUGGCAAAACUAUAGCCAACACCUAAAAAUAGCUGAGGGUACAGAAAUAGUCUAGAUAACAACAUGAAACGUAGGUCUAGUAAAAUAAAUGUAAUUCUAAAAAAGUCUAAACCAGAUAUAUCAAGCAAAGACAAAUACAUAAUACAUGAUAGCAAAACAACUAAAAGUUAUAGACAAGCCGAAACUAAAAGAAAAAGUCAAGACAACAUUACUGAUAAAAAAGUACUUGCAUUUAAUGAACAUAAUGUAUGUUCAAAAUCAGAAUACACAUUAUAUGAAACAUCGGACGAUACUAAUGAUGAUAAAAUUGUUGAUGGACAUUGCUUUGAAAAUAUAGAAAACAGCUCAGAAGUUUUUGAGAAUCAAGAAGACAAAGCGGUUGAAGAAAACUUGCCAUUGAUUGAAGAUGAUUCAGUGUAUUCAUUUGAAAAAAGGUACAUUGGAGAAACUGAAAAAGAUACUAUUAGAGAUAAGCCUUCUUAUGAAAGUACAUUUGAGUAUAGUUUUCAAGAAGGAAAUGUGCUAGAGACAGAUGAAACUGAUGCUUCUGAUGGUUCUUUUAAUGAUAUUUCAUAUUUUACUCAAGUGAAGAAAACUGUUUUGUUAAAAUCUCCUCUUCGAAACCAAAAUCCUGGAAAGAAUCAUCCAAAUACAAAACAGAAAGUUAUUGGAGUACAUUUUCAAACCAAGAGACAUCGGGCUAGUGAUAAAGCUUUGGAACUUCCUGUACCGCAUCAUAUUAAUCAGUAUGGAGAUUGCUUGAAGACCUAUAUUGGAAGAUGUAAUUUUGGCCUUACCCUAACUGACCCCCCUUGCAAUUUUUUUCAAGGUGUACUUAAAGGGGUGUCAGGCCAAACAUUAGCAGUAUUGUUUGGAGAUACAAACCUUAUUGCUAAAUUUGAGGAUUUGCCUUUGGAGGACAUUGGCCAUUUUGUAUUUGACACUGCUUUCAAUAUCAAACCUGUUGGCACAGAGGGAGUUAACAAUGUUUUCACCAUAAGUUUGCUUUACCAGAAUACAGUGAUCCCUUUGUGGUACGCUGUGAUGUCCUGCUCCUCGGCCGAGCUGUACAAGAGGAUUCUUAUAGAGUUCCAGCAGCAUGUCCUAGACUGGCCGUUCAUAUCAGCUCUGAUGAACAACGACCCUGCGCUUAACAAAGCAUUACAAACAGUGUUUCCCGGCAUUGACAUCUAUGGCUCAUGGUUCUACUAUUGUCAUAGUAUAUGGAAAGAAGUAAAUCUAAACAACCUAACAGAGGAAUGUAAAGUGCUAAACUCUACACUACUGAUGGCAGUUAAAUUGUUAAUGGUCAUGCCUUACUUGCCUCCACCUUCUAUGGAAAAUACUGCAUCGGUUUCAAUGGUGGACGGAUUUCAAUAUGUGAGGGAAUUCGCUACAGAAAAUAAUUUACCAGAAGGUUUCAACAGAGUACUUGACUAUGUAGCUAUAUAUUGGUUCAACAAAGUGACACCUGAGAAUUUUACAGUUUUUGGCAAGCAUACAGACACACUAAACUAUGUUGAAACCCUGCAACUUCUUCUACUUUCUUUUAUGAAAGAGAAUGCAAAUGUUUGGGAACUGACACGUUCGUUCCAGUGCAUGGCAAGAUCAACUCUUGGUGAUUUCAAUAGACUCUUAAAUGGCAAGCGACUCAUUUCUAAGAAGAAUACUCGUGGGAAAAGAUUCAACCCACCAAUUCGUCUGAACAUGAAAAGAUUGAUGGGAAGAACUCUGGAUGUGAAAACAUUUUUGGAAAAGUCAACCAUUUAUUUGGAAGAGAUGUUGGAUAUUUUCCUUCACCCUCUUUACCUAGCUACAAAUUUUGAAAAAACAAAUUAUUCACACACAGAGGGAUGGGCAGUAAGAAUUUUCUCUGAGUAACUUGUUAUUGCAUAAAUACACUUCUUAACCUGUCGGCGUCCAGAAAAUGGUGGCUCGUCGACGUGUCCGUACAUGUCUAUGCACCACCACUACGACCCGCUAACACACAUUUAUCCGAGGUGGCGGGUUGUCGUGCACGCUCUGGUCAACGUGUCACCACUUCAACUCACCACCCCAACCUUAUUCUUCUUUUAGGUGGCGGGUUGACGUGGUGGUGCCUUGACACGAUCCUCCCAAGAAACAAGCCUCUACAGCCUGACUGAUCACUUAUUGCAAACAAAAAACUGGCCACUGAAAUAGAAGAGUCUUCUUGUUGAAGACUGCGGCCUGGCGUCUGCUACAUCAUAGCAUAAAGAGACGGAAUACUAAUAACCUCAAUUAUAAAGAAUUUACUAAAACCACACCAUUCUAGAACAGAACUAACUUAAAACUUAAAUUAUAAAAUAAAAAUUAAAAAUAACUGUUGU